UCGUCGAAAGGACAUGGCAGUCAAGAUUGCUUAUUUGUUAUUGGCCUUGGCGGCAACAUGCUCCGGUACCGGUCCACAAAAAUUUGGAACUGAUGACAGCCUAAGUGGACUAGUAGAAGGGACAUCAUCACACAAUGUCGUUCCUGAACCGCGCGUGAAAUUGGUACCAUUAAUUCGUUCCCAACGUUCAGUUGAUUUCAACCAGAUCCACACACAUGUCGGUUCUGGCUUUCGUAGGAACUUCAGAAGAAGUGGAGCGUCUGGUCAGUUCGGUCAAGCUGGAUCUUCGCCUCGGAAUGGAUUCGUAAACUCUGGUUAUUCUGGGGGUUUUAAUAAUGCUGGUCAAUAUGGAAAUAAUCAAGGUGCUUCCGUCCCAAAUGGAUUUGUGGGAUCUGUUAAUCAAGGAUAUGGUCAUACUGGUGGAUUCAGAAACCCUUUAAAUCCGGGUGGAUUUAGAAGCCCAAUAAGUCCCAGUGGUUUCAUGCCAGUUGGUGGAUUUAGGAACCAAGUUAAUCCAGUUGGCUUCGUACCAGGGGGUAUACGGCCAAGUGGAUUCAUCAAUGCUGUUAAUCCAGGCGGGAACAUGCCAGGAGGUAUACAACAAGGCGGAUUUAGGAAUCCUAUCAAUCCAGUAGGUUUUGUACCAAGGGGUAUUCAACCAGGUGGAUUUAGAAACCCUAUUAACCCAAGUGGUUUCGUACCUGGAAGUGUGCCCCAGGCUAGAUUCGGAAACGCAGAAUACGCACCAGGAUUCAAUAACCGACUUGGUAAUAGGAAUCAACAACCACAUGCUAUGAAUAACGGAGGUAUUGCUGGUCAAGGCCAAGGUAUGGAAAUUUAUCCUGAUGGAUCUGUAGGAGUUAGAGUGUCAGCUGUUAAUGAAACUGAUGAAGGUACAGUCCAUACUGUUGUAAAUGUCGUUGUGGUACCACACAAAGAGCAGAAUAAUGGACUUCAGAAUAGAAGAAAUCAGGAACAUGGUAAUCAAACUCCUUUACUGGAACAUAAAAAGAUCGUCACUGAAGCGCAGAAAAUCUUAGAUGGAAUAUUGAAAAAGCCUGAAAAUGAAGAACCAGAAUCAGCCGCCCAACGAGUUGUUGAAAAAGAUAUUGAAUAACUAAGUUGUUUAGGAAAUGUUAUAGGUUAUAAUCAGACGAUUGCUUGUCUGUACAUUUCAAUAUGUUUGAUGUUUCAGUUAUUAUUGUGUAAACCAUCCUUAAUUGUACUUAUUCUUUGACUGUAAUCACGAUUUAUAUCUGCUGAUUUAUCGGAUUUUCUUGUAUAGCGCUAUAUGAAGUUAAUAAAGUCAAUACUG